AUGACCGACAAGCGAUUGAGGAUCGCGUUCAUACACCCUGAUCUCGGCAUUGGUGGUGCUGAGCGAUUGGUGGUGGAUGCUGCCGUUGCCAUGCAGUCCAAAGGUCAUCACGUCGCCAUGUAUACCAGUCAUCACGACCCCAAGCACUGCUUUGAAGAAACACGCAAUGGAACGUUACCAGUGCAUGUUUAUGGCGAUUUCCUACCACGUACUAUCUUGGGUCGUUUCUAUAUCGUGUGUGCCAUCCUACGUCAACUUGUCCUUGCCAUGACGCUUCUUUAUCAUGAACGCAACUCGUACGAUAUUCUAUUCAUUGAUCAAUUGAGCGCAUGUAUUCCAUUAUUCAAGCUGUGCAGCUCAUCACGGAUCUUAUUCUACUGCCAUCAUCCAGAUAAGCUCCUGACGGAUCGGAAAACGAGUCUCAAAAAGUUGUAUCGUGCCCCCUUUGAUCGGUUUGAGGAAAUGACUACAGCGAUGGCCGAUACAAUUGCUGUCAAUAGCGAAUAUACAGCCAGCGUCACGCGACAAUCAUUUCCUACCAUCCUCAAGGCCUUACGUGUCCUUUAUCCACCCAUCAACUUUACAGCCUAUGAUCGCCAGGUUGAUGAGAAUGAUCCUUCCGUGCAGAUCCUUGCUUCAUCCAAGAAUACACUCUUAUCUAUCAAUCGCUUUGAACGUAAAAAGAAUGUUGAAUUGGCGCUACGUGCUUUUGCAUCGCUCAAGUCCACCGUGGAUGAUGAGACAUUCUCAAAGUAUCGUCUCAUGUUGGCAGGUGGCUAUGAUCGUCGUGUGAGUGAAAAUGUGGAAUACCUUGAAGAAUUGGAUACGUUGGCUCGAACACAAUUUGGAUUGCGUACCUUUAUCCUUUAUCCCAAUGCUUUGGAAACCCCACCAGCGGAUACACAUGUCGUGUUUCUAUGUUCUUUUAACGACUCGCAACGCACCUAUCUUCUUCGCCACUCGACUUUGAUGUUGUACACGCCAACGAAUGAACAUUUUGGCAUUACACCUGUCGAAGGCAUGUAUACCGAAUUACCUGUCAUUGCCACGAAUACGGGUGGUCCCUUGGAAACAGUCAAGCAUGAGGAAACAGGGUUGCUUUUGGAAUCGGAUCCUAAAGUAUGGGGACAAGGUAUCAAGGAUAUCAUUUCUGGUCGUUAUGAUGCCAAGGCCAUGGGGCAACAAGGGCGUCGACAUGUACAAGCCAUGUUUUCACUUCCUGCAUUCGCUGAUCAAAUGCAACAUGUCUUGGAUGAAAUAAUCAAAGUCGCACCUUCUACGCCUACUAGUUUAGUCGUACUACCCAUGGCUGUUGCUAUAUUGGUUGUUGCAUUACUCUUUACGAUGUACUACUAA